GUGUGACAGACGCAUCAGUGGAGCCGGGAUCUGACCUAAGGAAGGAUUGUGGGGCUGAGGCAAAGGACCUGCCCUGUCAUGGGCGGUAGCGCCUCCAAGGCCCGAGGGCUGUGGCCUUUCUCCUCAACUACAAGCGAGGCGCAGCCAGGAAACGACGAUCAGAGUGUGACCCGUAUGCGGAAGGCCACCCCGUUUAUCUUUACCCGGCGAGGCUCUAUGUAUUUUGAUGAAGAUGGGGAUCUGGCUCACGAGUUUUACGAAGAGACAGUUGUGAUGAAAAAUGGACGAAAACGGGCAAAACUUAAGCGAAUUCAGAAGAACUUGAGACCUCAGGGCAUCAUCCGGUUAGAUCAUCCAUGCCUCCAUGUGGACUUUCCUGUUGUCAUUUGUGAGGUCUGACACUGGCUGACAACCGCUGCCUGCCAUGCUGUUCCCUCUUCUACCAACCUCCGUGCCCAUUGUCGUGCUCCUGAGAUAGGGAGCAGGAGGAGAGUAAAGGGGGAACACAAGAACAGUCCCGUACAGAGACUUUAGUACUGUCUGUGCAAAGAACUGACCGAAGAUGUGUGAUAGAGACAGGACUUUCGCACUUCGCUGCUGUGGGGCACAUUUCUUACAGCAUGUGCUGUAGAAGGAAUUCCUGUAACCAAUGGGUGUAGUCGGUGUUUGCCACCCCUUAUGGUUUGUUGUUGACCAGAAAAGAGGUGUCUGUACCACCAGCCUUCCUUAUUGCUGCCAGGGAGUGUGGUACAAGUUCACAACCUCCUUUCUGUCCUAAGCAGACCAGACGCCAGCACAUUAAUACUUUCUGAACUGCAACACUGCUCACAGGUUCGCCAAAACCUUACACCUGUAGUACUCCACGUUUCACUUAUACCCAGCACAGAUGUCUUGCUAGGUAUAUGGUUACAGCAGCAAAUCAGGGAUGUCCAAAAUGUGGGUCCCCAACUGUCAUGCAGCUGCAGGCUACAAUUCUGACAGCUGCAGUUUAAAGGGGAACUAUCGCAAAGAUGAAAAUUGAAUAUAAUCUUCAGCAUACUGAAAUAAGAAACUUUCUAAACACAAUCAAUUAAAAAUUCUGUACCGUUUCUGAAAUCAAGUUUAUAUUCACUAUUCCGCUCUCAGCAUCUGUUUCUCUUCAUUCUGUCUUCAUACAGCAGUUGGUUGUCAGAUGAAUGAUCCAAUAUAUCGUAUAGGGGGCUCCUUUUGCCUAGAAGAUGUAUUAGAGCUCACUCUAUUAAAAUCACCAGACAUCAUGUCUCUCUACAUGCAGAAUUUGUGCAAAAGACAGUUAUUUUGUUAGAUUGUGUUUGUACUGGAAUCAGUUAUUUGAGUGAGCUCUAAUACAUCUGCUAGGAAAGGAAGCCUCCUCUAUAAGAUAUAAUGGAUCUAACUGUCGGUGAUUAUCUGACACCCAACUCCUGCUUGAAGAGAGAGUGAGGAGAACCCAAUGUUGAGCGACGAAUAGUGAACAUAAGCUUGAUUAUUUCAGAAACUGUGCAGACUAUUUGAUUGUAUUUAGAAAGUUCCUUAUUUCACUAUGAUGAAACUUAUAUUACAGCUGGUGAUCCACUGGCUUUACAUCCCAGUCUCAAAUUGUAGAUUUUUAUUUAACUGAAAUAUACAAUAGCUGCCUAGUUCCACAGAUGCUGUCUUCUGCACCAAUCUGCUCGUACUUGAGUGCAUCAAACAGCAAGGGGUAAAAUGUGAUGUAAAGUAGGAUUCUAUUGACGCACACCAAGCAGCUCCCUGCACUGGGAAGGAGCAUUCAUUGUUGUCUCUUUGAGCAAUGCAAUGGAUUUCUGGCAGUUGGCUCUGCCAUGGGAGAUUGCGCUAGGAUUAUCAAGCAAAUAAUAUAUGUAAAACUUGCCCUAUAUAUGUUAAUUUAUUACCUUUGUGUUUUUGUUUGUGUCCUAUAUGCCUCAUGUAUUGUCUUUGCCUUGGUCUCACUGCCGUGCCUCUUUCAGCUUGUUUAAGGGAGUCACCAGGAAGCACCAUGUGCAUGGAAUACAUAUCCCCAAUAAAAUUCAUCUUUGUAAUAC